AUGCAAGAAGCCACAGACAGGCUUUCAGUCUGGGCAGAAGAAUGGUGUGUUCAGGUCAACACUGAGAAGUCCUGCACAACCCUGUUUUCACUGUCACCAAAGCAGACAGAUGCUGGCUAUAUUAGGAUUUGUGACACCCCACUUGCAGAAGUGGAGGAGGCAACAUAUCUGGGAGUAACGUUCGACAGGCGCCUUACAUGGAAGGCACAUCUAACCAAUGCAGAAAGCAAGGCACGAAAAAAGCUUCCCACUCUACGGAAACUUGCUGGUAUAAACAGGGGAGCACACGAAAACAUACUCAAGACAGUAUAUCUUGGGACCAUCAGACUCAUCCUAGAGUAUGGCUCCUCAGCUUGGAUAACAGCGGCCAAGACAAAUCAGCAGAGGUUAGACAAAGUGCAAAAUCAGGCUCUCAGGAUCAUCACCGGAGCACUGAAAUCAACACCCAUUAAGGCCAUGGAAGACGCUACCGCCAUCCCUCCACUUGCCAAGAGAAGAGAGUCCAAAACUCUGGUACAAACCAGCAAAUACCAAUACCUGCCAGAUCACCCCAUGAAAGCCAAAUUAGAAGGGCUUAUCAAAAAUCGUUUAAAAAGAGGCAGCUUUGCACAUGAAGCCAAGAAGCUCAACAAAACCUUUGCAGAGCAUCUUGGACAACCCAGUACUCCCUUCACUGUUCAAGAUCUACCAGAGCCAUGGAAACAUGACCAAUCCAACCUGACUAUACGUACCAAUGUUCCUGGUCUUCCCCCAGGUACUUCAGAUGAAAUGACCAAGCUAUCCUUUACACAGGCCAUGAUCCAAGACACGUAUCCGUCAGAGACGUGGACACAUGUGUACACAGACGGCUCAGCCUCAGCUGUAAUAAAAGACGGAGGAGCUGGCAUUUUCAUACUGUAUACCUCGAGAAGAUCAGAGACAAAUAGUAUCCCAACCGGAAGGCACUGUACCAACUAUAGAGCAAAGAUUGAGGCCAUCAAACAAGCUAUUAAACUCAUUGAGGAGUCUCCAGAGAGCUGCCCCAACGUGGUUAUCUUCACGGAUGCUCUGUCAGUACUCCAAGCACUGGAAAAUUCCAAACAAACAUCCAUCUCCAGGGCACUGUUCAGUCUAUGCAAAACAAGAGUUGUGAACUUACAAUGGAUACCUGCACACUGUGGUGUACCUGGAAAUGAGAAUGUAGACAGAUUAGCCAAGCUUGGAGCUACAGAUAACCAGUCACAAAAUGCCAUUACUCACGAGGAGAAGGUGACAAUGAUCAAAGCACUUACAAAGCCAAGGCCAACCAAGGAUGACUACCACCUACUAGAAAGAUGGGAACAAGUCAUCAUCUUUAGGCUUCGCACAGAACAUAACAGGUUAAAUGCCCACAUGUGCACAAAGCUUAAAUUGUCUCCCUCUCCGAUGUGCCCCUGUGGUCUGGAACAGCAAACUGCUGAGCACAUUCUGCAGAGAUGCCCACGUCUGGCCAAACAGCACCCCAAUGAAAACCAAAGUGCACGGCAAGAAGGAGGACCUGAAGAAGACGGCAUCCUUCAUUGCUGGAUCAGGGGUGACAGUGUAGGCGAUGAACGCCAAGAAGAAGAAGAAGAAGACACAAUUACAGAGUGGCAAAGUCUCUCUAUAGAUUAA